AUGUUUAAUACUAAUAAUUAUUCAGGAGAUGUUAAUAAUUUAUAUAUAUAUAAAAAGUCAAAACAAUCAAAUAUUAAACCAUUUUAUAAACAUGGUCCAUUAACAGAAAAUUUAAAUUGUUCCCCAUUUUUUGAAGAAAAUAUAAAUUUAAAUAAUAUAACAAGAAUAUCUAGGGUAAUUACAAAUGAAUUAUUAUCAUUAACAUGUGAAUCAAUCAAAAAAAGAAGAUACUUUUCACCUAUACCAUUAUCAGAAGAGGAAAAAAAUUAUCCCUUAGCUUAUAGUUUUCUUAUAUAUAAUGAAUAUGAAUUUUUAGAAUUAAUUUUAUCCCUUAUCUAUCAACCUCAAAAUUUAUAUUGUUAUGCUAUUGAUAAGAAACAAAAAUCAUCAUUUAGAUCAAGAAUACAUUCUUUAACAAAUUGCUUUGAAAAUGUUUUUGUAUCUGAUAUAGAGUAUAAAAUUGAUAGCAAAGGUUCACAUUAUAGUACUAGUCAUAUUCAAUGUAUAGAAAAGUUAAAACACUACAAUUGGAAAUAUGUUUUUUUAUUACAAAAUCAUGAUUUUCCAAUUAAAACAAAUGCUGAAUUGGUAAAAAUUUUAAAGACUUUUAAAGGUACUUCUGAUUUUAAAACUAUGAAAGCACCAAGAAAUAUUUUAAAUGAAAAGUUAGAUUGGACUUUUAAUGGUUUAAAUAUUUUUUCAAAAAUUAAUAAUAAAAAUAACAAAAUAUUAAAUACAAGUAUUAGUUUAGCUAAAGGAUAUAGUCAAGUGACAAUUUCUCGUGAAACAAUGCUUUAUACAUUAAAUAUACUUAAUAUUAGUACCUAUCAAAUGAAUUUUGAUAAUUAUCCUCGUUUUGCAAAUGAUGAAUUGUUUUGGUCAACAUUAUUUAGUAAUUAUGAAUACCUGAAAAUUCCAGGAACAUUACCAACAAAAUGUAUAAAUUCAAAAAAUGCAUUAAACUCUUUUACAAGGCACACGAAAUGGAGUUAUUUUAGAAAUUUAACUAGUUGUUCAUCAGGUUACAGAAGGCACUCGAUAUGUAUAAUUGGUUUAGAAUAUAUUAAUCAAUUAGAAUUUUUGCCACAUUUUUUUGCUAACAAGUUAAUGGAUUAUUUUGAUGCUGGUGCUGUUGAUUGUUGGGGUGAAAGACUUUUUAAUAGGACUUUUUUUCCCGAAAACUACAAUAAAAUUGAUCUCUCCUUAUAUUUAUCAAGACCACAGAUACGCUUUCAAAACUUUUUAAAAUCAUCAAAGGAAAUAUCACAAUUUAAUUGUUAA